AUGUGUCAAUAUUUGUGGAUACUCGGAUCAUUCCUUUCAAUUGUCGCUGCUCAAUAUGAACCCACACAAACGGAAAGCCGAAUCAGUUCCCGUUAUUUUCCCUCAUUGAACGAACUUCCCGAAGCGUCAAUAAACGUCGAUCAGACUUUGAUCAGAGAUGGACGAUCACCAGGCCGAUAUUUCUCCGAUCCAAUGUCAAUGGGUACAGGACUUGGACCAUAUGGCUCAAUGGGCGGAAUGGGAAUCUACGGAAAUCCGUAUGGAAAUCUCGGUAUGGGAAUGAAUGGAAUGAAUGGAAUGAAUGGAAUGAGCGGAAUGAAUGGAAUGAAUGGAAUGGGCGGAAUGAGCGGAAUGAGCGGAAUGGGCAUUCCCCCGCCAGGUCUCGGAGGAAUGGGUGGAUUCCCAUUGGGAAAUUCAUUUGGUGGAGGAUAUGGAAUGGGUGGAAUGUCGGGCUUGGGACCGUAUGGAGCAGCGUUGAAUGGUGGAGGGAUGAGUGGUUUGGGGAUGAUGGGCACAAAUGGAGGAUUGGGUGGUUUGGGUGGUUUGGGAACUGGAAUGGGAAGCGGAUUGGGCACUGGACUCUCGCCUUAUUUACUGAAGAAGAAA